CAGGGCUGGGCGCUGUUAGCUGCUAAGCUAAAGCUAAAGCUACAGCGGCCGAGACAAGGAAGCGGAGUUUCCGCCCGCGGAGAGACCGAGCGGAGAAACCCCGAGAACAGCACCGGGAAACAGCAGCGCAGCCGCCGGGUGUAGAGUAAAGACUGGGGCCCGUCGGACCGAACCACCUCCUCCUGUUCUCGGGCGGGCGGACCGUCUCCGGCAGCUUCGCGGAGCGAGAGAAGGGGUUCGGCGGAUGAGCCGGAGCGAAGGAGGCGGGCACAGCGUUAGCUAGCGUCGGAGCGGGGCUUCAGCCAGACCAGCGGCAUGGCCAGGGACUACGAUUACCUCUUUAAGCUGCUGAUCAUCGGGGACAGCGGUGUGGGAAAGAGCAGUCUUCUUCUGCGUUUUGCAGACAACACAUUUUCAGGUAGCUAUAUUACCACUAUAGGAGUCGACUUCAAGAUUCGAACAGUAGAGAUUAAUGGAGAGAAGGUGAAGCUACAGAUCUGGGAUACAGCGGGGCAGGAGCGCUUCAGAACCAUCACCUCCACGUAUUACAGAGGAACGCACGGGGUUAUAGUAGUAUACGACGUCACCAGUGCCGAAUCUUUCGUCAACGUCAAACGAUGGCUGCAUGAAAUUAAUCAGAACUGUGACGACGUAUGUCGAAUAUUAGUGGGUAAUAAGAACGACGAUCCCAAUUCGAAGGUGGUGGAGACGAACGACGCUCAGAAGUUUGCAGAGCAGAUGGGAAUCCGCCUGUUCGAGACGAGUGCGAAAGAGAACAUUAACGUGGAGGAGAUGUUUAACUGCAUUACAGAGCUGGUCUUGAGGGCGAAGAAAGAAUCUGUGGCCAAACAGCAGCAGCAGCAACAGAACGACGUGGUGAAGCUCAGCAAGAACAGCAAACGCAAGAAGAAGUGCUGCUAGUGAACGAAAGAGAGAAAGAAAGAAGAAAAAUGCGAAAUCCGUACAGAAAAGGACUACGAUCAACUAAAUUAAGAGCAGAGGAAGAUCUAAUAAAGCGGAGAGGUGUCACUUUUGGACGAAUACGAAUCAUAAAGACUUUUUAAAGAGAAAAAAAUGUACAGAUUUUAUUAGAAUUAAGGAGUUUUAUGUGGAAUUCAACAGAUGUGGUAUUUAAUAAAAGAUCCUCCUUCUUUCUCGAAGGACCUGCGAGCUGACAUGACCGCCGCCGCCGCGACCUGCAGAUUUCUAUAUGCAUUACGACUUCCUCCUCCACAGUGACGUCUGUGUUUUUCUUGCUUUUUGUUUUUUUGUCGUUUUUUCCUCCCCCUCUCUUCUUCUCCUCUUCUUUACAUUUCGGUUUGAUGGGAUAGAUUUAUUUUUUCUAGAACGGAAUGGAGUGAUGAUGAUGAUGAUGAUGAGAAGUGCGAACCCUUUUUCCCCCCUCCCCCCAUCUUUUUUUCCUCUCUUUAUUCUGCAAAUAUCCGUAUUGUAAUGUACUUUCUCUACAACUGCCAACAAAAAUCAGGAGGUGAGGUGAUUCUUCGUCUGGGUUAAUUCUCUUCAGGAAUUUAAAAGAAAGAAAAGAACAGUUCUGUAUCAACUGACUGAUCCAUCGAACAGGACUGGAGACUUUUUUUUGCUUAUUUUGUUUUAUUUUAUAUAUUUUUUGCCAAGUUUUUUUUCCCCCAAGCUUUUAUCUCAUGUUUUUUGGUGAUGGAACAGCUGCCAGGCUCCUGUAUGAUGUGCAGGAUCUACUGCAGCUCUUCUGCUGACGUUUCACUCGAGUCUUACAGCCCUCAGGCCUCCUCUCUCUCUCUCUUUUGAAGUAAAGGCCUGAGGAACACAGAGAUAAACGGCAGCAUCGAGGGACAUCACUGCACUGCACUCCUCAGCAUCGUUGCCAUAAAAAAGCCCCCCGAACUCCCCCAACUCUCAUCUGUUGCCAUGGUGAUGUCCUCAGGACGACUGUGAUUGGACGCGUGGGGUCUGGAUCUUCGGGUCACGAUCCGUAUCACCUGCUCUGAGCUCUUCUGCUUCGGGCUGAUCUCUCCUUUAUGGAGCUCAAAAACUGACAUUUAAAGUGUUUAAAUCUGUAUUUACAUACUUAAAUCUUACUUAUUUUAUGGUGAAAUUCAUGAAUUAGACUAUUUUAAAUUUUUGAUUUCGUUUUUUUUUUUUUUUUUUUUUCAGAUUAAACAAGCAACGUAAUUCAGUAUAGUUGCUACGAUCCUGCAAAACUCAAUUUUUCCAUGUCAAAAGAUGUGGAAGGAGAAGCGUUUAAAAAAAAUGCAAAUAAAAUAAAAAUAAGAUUUCUUAUAUUUUCAGAUCUAAAAAAAUCAGCUACAUUUAAUAAAAAAAGUCUAACUAAAUAAAUAUGAUUUAUGCCAGAAGUAAAAAUGUAUCAUAAGAAAUGUAUAUAUUUAUUAUUUUUUUUGUUUUAGUUUUAAAUUUUGAAAUUGCUUCUGAUGCAAAAAUCAAAUAUCCAUACAUUCAAACCUUAAAAAUAAAAAAAUGAGUUUUAUUAGGCCAGAGGUGAAAAAAGAAAAAAAGAAAAAUCUUGUUCAUGAACUUAAAUGUAUAAAAGUUAAUUUAAAAUAUUUUUUUUAUUUUGAAUCUUAAAAUAACUUUCACAAUAUAAAAACUUUCACAAUUUUAAAAGUUCAGAUCUGAAAAAUUUAAUCUAAAUGUAUUUAAAAAAUCUGAAAAAAUAGGUCAGAGGUAAAAAAAAAAAACUGGUUUAUGGAUUUAGGAUUAUUAUUUUAACAGAAAUUUUUAUCAUGUUAAACUUAAAACACAAAAAUAAAAAAUAUUGGUAAAAGAAAUUUUAUCAGGUAAAUUUCAUGCAAGUAUACAAAAUUUGUACAGAUUAAAAUACUGAUUUUAGCUUUUGAGCUCCAUAUUUUUCAUUUUUCAUAUUCAGGUUCUCUUUUUGGUCCUGUUAUAAUUUUAUAAUGUAAUUUUAUGCUUUUUUAUAUAUAUAUAUAUAUAAACACACACACACACACCAGCCCUUAUUAAACACAGUCCAGCCCUGUAGACCUGAACGAUGAGGGGGGAGGGAACUGGUGGAGAGAUAGAGGAGGGGUUAACAUCAACAGUAUUGCUUAUUGAUUAGUGACUGCACAUGAAUAGAUCACUGAAGUGUAAAAAAAAAAGAAAAGAAAAAAAUCAUGUUUUUAUUUGUGAUCCAAACUAUAAAUGUGGAAAUAAAUAUAUGCCAAGGGAUUUAUAUAGGAGGAGUAGUUUAUUAUUAUUAUUUUUUUUUUUGUUGUUUUUGUUAUUAUUGAUAAAAUAUCCAAGUAAUUCUGUCCCAUAAUCCUUUGUGGGUCACCACACCACCUUUAAACACCUGUAAACACCUGUAUCCCUUUUGCACAGUCUCACAGGCAGGUGUGUCUGCUUCAGCUGCUCGCCUGAAUCUGCUCUCAUCACGUGACCCGACUUCAGCCAAGUAAAGGAGUCAUGGCAACAAGUCUGUCUGAUUUUUAUUAUUCAUGAUCUGGCAUAUGUAUAUAUAAAUAUAUUUGUAUUAUGUAUUUAAUAUAUAUGAUAUACAUACCUGCACAUGUCCAUGCGGAGGUGCAUGCGUUUGUGCUAUGGGUUGAAACACGUUUUCAGCUGUGGUUAUGCCGUACACUGGAGUAAAAGAGAUGUAUCAUGGAUUUCCCCCCCUUAUGAACUGAAUCAAUAAUAAAUAUUUUAAACAAGAUUAACAUUUGACACAA